AUGACUCUUUCAAAGACAGCACCCACUGUUUCUCCCGACAGCAGGCUAUUCAAGCCUAUCCAAGUUGGGGAUGCCAAGCUCGACCACCGAAUUGUCAUGGCACCUUUAACUCGUUACCGCAAUGACGAGAACAAUGUUGCUAAGCCUUUUGUAGAGCGAUACUACUCCGAGAGAGCCUCAGCUCCAGGUACUCUCGUGAUCUCAGAAGCUACUGGUGUCUCAAUGCAGGACACUGGUAUGCCUCAUGGUCCUGCUUUUGUCACAGAUGAUCAAGUCGCCGCUUGGAAGAAGGUCAUCGCUGGUGUUCAUGAGAAGAAGUCCUUCUGGGCCCAGCAAAUCUGGGGUCAAGGACGUGCUUCAGAUCCUGAAUACAUCAAGCAGCGUGGAUACAAGUACCGCUCCUCCAGCGCUGUGCCUAUCGAGGAGGGUGCUCCUGCUCCUGAAGCUAUGAGCGAGGAGGAGAUUCAGCAAUUCAUUCGAGACAUGGUUGCCACUGCUCGACGAGUCGUCGAUGCUGGUGGUGAUAUUGUUGAGGUUCACGGUGCACACGGAUACCUCAUCGACCAAUUCACAUCCGACUCUAUCAACAAGCGUACCGACAAGUGGGGUGGUUCCGUCGAGAACCGCGCUCGUCUCCUGCUUGAAGUCGUCAAGGCCGUUUCUGCCGAGGUCGGCUCCAAGCGAGUCGCUCUCCGUCUCUCGCCUUAUGCCUCGUUCCAAGGUUCAGAAUCAUCAGACAUCAAGGGACAAUACACAUACAUCAUCAACGAACUCAAGAAGAUUGGUCCCCUCGCCUAUCUUUCUCUAGUCGAAGCCCGUGGUGACCCCGCCAAGCUUCUUGCUCCUGACAACGAUGACUCCACAGAGGCCAAGACCCUCGACUUCAUCCUUGAGAUCUGGAACAACCUCUCGCCUGUUAUGGUCGCUGGUAACUACACUCCCGAGUCCGCCGCCGAGGUUCUUGACGGCCACUACAGCAAGUGGGACGUUCUCGUUGCCUUUGGCCGACACUUUAUCGCCAAUCCUGACUUUGUCUACCGAGUCAAGCACGGCAUCGAGCUGACCAAGUAUGACCGUCACACUUUCUACAUCCGAGGUUCAGAAAUUGGCUAUGUCGAUUAUCCUUUCUCUCAGCAGUAUGUUGAUGAGCAAAGAGCUUGGGCUGUGCAGAACCUGCCUUCCAACCCCAAAUAG